AAUUCAAGAUUUCACCACUAAUCGCCAUAUUGACACAAUUUUGACUUUCUGAAAAUUGGAUAAAGCAGUGGAAAAUUUUGAGAAAAUGCCGGUUAGGGUGGAAAUUACGCCUCCCCUGCCGGCAAAUUCGAAACAACCAGGUGUAACCAAGUCUUUAUUGUACAAUGGUUCAAAAUUCCAAGGAUUCCAGAAGUCGAAAGGCAAUAGUUACGAAGUUGAAGUGAUUUUACAGCAUGUAGAUGAAGAAAAUUCAUAUCUUUGUGGAUAUUUACAAAUAAAUGGACUCACGGAUGAGUACCCAAAACUAACCACCUUUUUCGAUGGUGAAAUUAUAAGCCAAAAGUAUCCCUUUCUCACUAGAAAGUGGGACGCUGACGAAGAUGUAGAUAGAAAGCAUUGGAGCAAAUUUUCACUGUUCAGUCAAUAUGCCAAAACUUUUAAUUCUGAUUCCUUCGACUAUCUGGCACUUGCUGAUACCGAUUAUGUUUUUAUGAGAUGGAAAGAACAUUUUUUAGUUCCAGACCAUACAAUUAAAGAUAUAUCAGGAGCAUCUUUCGCUGGGUUUUACUAUAUUUGUUUCCAAAAAUCUAAAGCCACAAUAGAAGGAUACUAUUACCACAGAAGUUCUGAAUGGUUUCAAUCUUUGAAUCUAACUCAUGUGCCUGAAAAUAGUAUACAAAUAUAUGAAUUUAGGUAAAUUGGAUGCACAACAAACAGACUUCCCGAGCGCUGGGCACAUUUUGAACCAUGGAGAAUGUGAUUUUUUCACAAUUUAUUUUGUCUAGAUUUAAAUAUAUAUAUAUAUAUAUGAUUUCUACCAAACUGAGAAAUGUGUGUAAAGUGAAAACAAAAUCUUUGAAUGUUUUAAUUGAAAACCUAGUUAAGUAAAUAGAUAUUUAAUUGUUACAUUGGAUGUUUCAAUAUAAUUAUUGUAGUACUAUCAACUUUAUUUACACUAUAAAAUUAUAAUAUUUAUUCUAGUCCAAUAACUAAUUAAGAAGAAAGUCUUGAAAUUUUUUCAGAGUAAUUUCACUUUCACCUUCAAUAUAUAUUUAUAUAUUCCGAGUUCUAGCAGCCUUAUAGCAAACAGCUAAUGAGCAAUUAGUUAUAAUUUUUUCUUACUAUGUUAUACUUUUUUAUCUAUUUAUUGGAUUGCCUGUAUGUCUUGUUGAUGUUGAUUUCAAUAAAAUACUACUACUCACCCAAUAAUGUUAACACUCAUACUAAAUUUUAACUAUAUUUUACUAUAUAAACUAUUAUAUAUGUACUACCUUAAAUUUUAUUUUAUAAAUCAGUUUGGUGGGAACCCCAUGUACUUAUCUUUAAGUUAAAAAAGCUCUCUUCACUUAUAAAAUUACCUAAUAUGAGUAUCUUGUAAUUGGAACAUAAAUUUCAUUGAUUUCUUUGUAAUUAUUUAUACAGAAGUAUUUACUGUUUGUCUUUUCAAUGAAAUAAAUUAAACACUGAGGUACAAAACUAAUGUAUAAUUAUAAAAAUUAAAUAAAAAACACCUAAUAUUAAUCUAAACUGAUGUCAAUGGAGCCAUUUCCUAAAAUUUUCUAAUAUUAAUGUCUAUACAAGGUAUAUAAUUUUUUUUUUAAAUUGUUACUCUAUCUACAUAUUGAAUUCCGAUUCAUCUGAUUACUAAUUCACAUCUUGGAAACAGAUCUAAUUGAUCCGUAUUUCUACUGGCCUUAAUAUAAAUUCAUUAAGCUCUCCAGGAUAAACCCACAACCUCACAUCGUCCCACAAAUUCUAUACAGUUAAAGUCUACAGAUCAAGCUAGAGUUAAAAUUUUCACUUCCUUGGAGUAAUUUUGUACCACUCCAAUCACGUGUAGCAUAUAUUAUAAUUCCUGAAUCACAACUUCUUGCAGGCCCCUAAAUGAAUACCACCCAAUACAAUAAUACUUCCUCCACCAUAGCUCACUAUUCCAACAAUGUGAUAUUGAAAAAUUCAUUCACCAAGAUGGCGAUACUUUCUUCUACAGUGUUUGUCACUAAAACGACAAAAUUGUAACUGAAUAAAAUAUUGUCCCAUUGGCAUUUUCCCAAGUUUCAAUAGGAACGAGUUGUCACACGGUUGGGAGUUAGUUCUUACGACUUCAUCCAACUAUCUUCCCACUAUAUUCCACCUAAUGUACUAAUUAUACAAAUUGCGGUAGUCAAUUCCGCAUUUUUGAAAUGGCUGUGAAAUAUAAACGAAUGCAAUUAUAAUUUUAUCGUGUAUUAAAAAGCAAAGAUGGCAUCUUUACCGAUUAAUGCAUUCUAGCAGGCGAUUUCUGAAAUUGUCCGUUAUGUCAUCCAUGCUCUUAGGAAUUUUCGUUACUUUUCAGGAAUUUUCGCAAGAAAAAAUCACAUGAUAUGAGGUAAGGUGAACACAAAGGCCAGAAAUCUCAUUAACAAUAUUCGUGCACACACGGAUUGUGUGGCUUGUAGAUCCGUCUUGCUGGAAUAAGGUUUGAUCAUUUAAUACAUGUUGGCAAAGUUGAGGAAUGACAUUAGCAUUUCCGAAUACCUCUCUGCGCUCUGGUUAACAAUCUGCCCCCUUUUAGUUUCGAAAAAAAUUGAGGCUAUGAUUCCCGAUGAGGACAUGUCAAUCUGUUAACUUGGCUGAGUGGAAUUUAUGAAGAGUUUUGAUCACUCCAGUACCUGAAAUUUUGCUUGUUUACAAAUCUCAAUAGAUGAAAAUGUGCCGUGUACUCAUCCGGUUUUGCACAGAUUCCUCAUUUUCUUCAACCAUACCCAAAAACUUUUCGCGGAAUUGCCAUUGGUUGAUUUUUGAACAAUUUGAAUUUUGUGAGGGUGAUAGUGUAGAUCUUACCUCAAGAACCUUGGGACAGAUCUGUCGAAAAGUUUAAGAGCGGCACUUUUUCCUGCAGCAACCCUCAUACGCUCAACAUUCUCAGGAGUUCGAACGGAUUUCAUACUGCGACCUCUUCUGCUCGUUGUUUCAUCAAUAUUUUCAAAAUUUGUUACCCACAACUUCAUUUAACUAGGUACUGGGUGAUUGCCAUUAAUUUUAAAAUGAGUACAAAAACGGCGCUGAGCUGCUACAUAACUACCGGUUUGGAAAAACGCUUUCACGGCAAACGCUCGGUGUUGUUUUGACCUCUGUUCCAUGGCGACUGAAAUGCUUUGAGGUGGGUAACAUAACAGUAACCUUGACAAUUCGCCGCGCCCACUUUCUACGUUACCACAGCCAUUUCAAAAAUGAAGAAUCAACUGCCGCACCUUGUACCUGUACGCACGGGUUAUUUUUUUAUUAUAGUAACUGCGAAAUUGUGCCAGUGUUCUGAACACAGCAGGUCAUGUCAUUUCCGAUUGAUAAGUCUUGUUUCGCAAAUGUCUAUGCGGCAGUACGUUCCUAGGUCAAAAAAUCUCUAUUUUUGUAGUCUUUUGGGACAUUUUAACCAACAUACUGUGGGCACUAUCUCUAUCAACGUACAAACAAAAAUCCUAAAAAUUUGAUUUUUUAUGAACUUAUAACAAAACAUGUUGAAUGAAAUGAAAUCAUAUUAAAAAAAAUUAAAGUAGUUCCAAUUCGCGUUAAUUUGCUUUAAAUGUACUUAGUAUAGUAUACGCAAAAACAACUACAACAUAUUAGCAUCUUGUUUUUAAACAGUAUUAAAAACUGAACUGUAACUUUCGUUCAUUUCGAAUCAAUUUCCAUUUCUCCAGUUUUGAAUGUUUGUCAAUAGUUUCAAGAGUCUGGUAAAAAAAUGCAUUGAGGUCAAAGAUAAGGACAUUUUGAACACCCAAAUACAUGACGUUUAAAAUCAUUUAUUAUCGAUAUAUCUCCAAUUUCGUAUUACAAAGAUUCCAUGAGUCUUAUCUCAAAAACAAAUUUUUGAAAUGAAUUGUGCCCUGAUGAAUGCUGGAUACUCACAGAAAGCAUAGUUUGGAUGAGACUAGCAGAUUUAAUAGUUAUAGUUGAAUUUUUUGCUUUCAGCAGUUAGAAAAAUUUAGUAUUGGUUAGUCUUUUUUAUUUUCAAUUCAAUCUUUUAGUAAGUAAAUACUCUGUAUAGAUAAAGGGUACCCAGCUUUUAUGUAAUAUCAGCUACAUUUGAGUAUAUAUUUGUAUUUUUUACUUAAUGAAAUAAAAAACCGACUGGAAAAAUUAAAAGUACCUAAAUAGUAAAAUUUUUAAAAAUUUUGACUAAAUACUCUAUAAGUCACCAUUUGUUAUGUAUAUUAUGUAUAAAUGUAUGAAUAUAUUUUUUUUAUUAUAAUUUUUGAUGUUUGGUUUUGUGUUUGAAAUUGAAAAGAGGAAUCCAAAUAAAGGUAAUUGGAAUUAAAA